CGUUCAGAAAUGGCCGCGGGAAAGUAACGAGCGGCGAGUGGUGCGGUUUUAUCGGCACAGAUUUGUCGGUUCAAUAUUUCAAACUUUAUUCCCCUCGUCCUCUAUUUAUUUAUUUAUUUAUUCUCUUGCCAAUGCAAGGGGAUUCUGUGAUUUUGUCGUAACAUUUGUGAUGUGCCAUAAUCAGGCGAAGAGCAAUGAAAUUCGUCUGGCAACGGUAAUGUGAAUCGUGCAGUGGGCACUCAUUGACAGAUUUCUUAUUGUUGUGAGGGAGAGAGAGCGACAAAGGGAGGAAUUUCAUUCACUAGCCGCUUGGACUGAAUUUUUAGGUAGUUAUUCGGAUUUAUCGGACUGUCGGUUGGGAUUAUCGGGGGUGAAUAUGGCCGGUGACAGCGCGAAGAACAAUGAUAUUGGUGGGGGGGAUGAGCAGGGUGCGUCAGCAAGGGGAGAACCGCAUUCCAGAGUGGGCGGCAUUCUGGAAUGCGAUCCACACGGUAACAGGAAUUCACUUCACAGUGAACAAACUACCGAGAUCACUGACGGCGUAUGUCGCUAUGGUACUCAUUCUGAUGCUGGCGCGAUGUCUUUCAUUGAAAUUUGCCAGACCCGAAUGCAAAACUUAUUCCCCCAACUGGCACCACCUUCACCCUACGCCAGCUGCGACGACUCAGUGGAGCUGACAGCCGAAUGCCUCGCGAAGGACGUCAUAAGAUACCUCUUAAAAGAAGACAUGUAUUUAAUAUCGAGGGACCCAAUAUCGCGCAGCAUGCGUCACAACGUGUACCAGAUGCUGAAUAAACACAGCAUCCUGUUCACGAGCAUGGUCAAUCGGCUCAAUGUCGUACCUGAUACUGCGUACGAAGCGUUCACCGGCGUUGCCGACGAGCUCUUCCUCCACGGGGGCAUAACGUGGGCCAGAAUAGUGUGCCUGUACGCAUUCAUGGGACGACUUGCGCUAUGGGCGAAGGACGGGAGGAUGCAUGAAUUGAGGAAGAAAUUACCAUUAUACGUGUCGAGGUAUAUCGGGGAAGAAAUCGCGCAUUUUAUCAAGGGAUACGGAGGCUGGGUGAGUUUCCAAAAAAAUCUUCAACAUUUUGUCUAGACUAGGAGACUCAGGGGAUUC